GUCCUCUGGAGUUCUGAGGUGCCAGAACCCAUAGUCUGGGGAUCAGGGUGCCAGAGGGGGGACGCGGAACCAAGUGGAACCGCUCAGAACUCUGCAGGAGUGUACGGAACCCCUGGGCCUGGCCCUGUGUCCUGGAGGAGGCAGCUGAGGGACGGACCGGGGGCGUCACGUGGCACUGCUCUGCCUGACCUCACCCCUCAGAGGGCCCUCUCAGCCUGCCUGCUGGGGAGAAGAGCAGGCCUUCAAUCUCAGUGGGAAGGAGGAGCAGUGCUCUGUGUUUAUUUGUGUUUUCAUUAAGCUGUGUUUUUUCAGGAUACCUGGACAGUGGAUGUGAUUUAGACAAUGAGUUUUGCAGUGAGACUGCAGGGAGAAUGUAGAUGACCUUGUUUUACCUGUAAAGAACCAUAGGACUGAUCUGAUCUGCAGUGACCAGCUGGCUGGAAAACAACUGAUCACACCUGGCCUUUGGACUUCAGAAGCGCCUCUGAGACAGUACUGUUGGUGUGGGUGUUGUUGUGUGGGUAUGAAGACACUGGACAGCCGGUCAUUUUAACAGGGAUCAUGUACACUGUCAUCAGGGCUGAUCUGAGACAUCAGCUGUCACACUGAUAUAAGAUGACUAAAAAUCAACAGAAGACUACACAUUCAACCAAACUCCUCUGGAGACUGGAGCCCUGUUUUCCCGUCUCCUCAGUGACAGUCAGUGCUAUUUGAUUUAACGUAUCUCCAGUCCAGUUGGCUCCUCAUUUAACGCACCUCGGUAGUGCCAAGUCAACUAGUUUCUCAUCACCAUGGUGAUGUCCCAGGGCACAUACACCUUCCUGGCCUGCUUUGCUGGGUUCUGGCUGGUGUGGGCUCUCAUCGUCAUGCUGUGCUGCUUCUGCAGCUUCAUCCAGCGCCAUCUGAAGAAGAGGAGGGAGGAGAGGCUGAGGGAGCAGUGUCUGAGGGCCUUGGAGAUGGAGCCAUUGGAGUGCCUGGGCCCAGAGGGGUUAGGAAGGGAACCCCCCACCAGAGAGCCCCUCCAUUUCUGCCCCCCACAUUUCUCCCCCCCACAUUUCUCCCCCCCACUGCACAUUCUUCACUCCCUCCCACAGGGCAGCUGGGCCUCCCCUCAAGGUAAUACGGACGUGUUUGGAAAGCCCCCCUGCUAUGAGGAGGCCGUUCUGAUGGAGGACCCCCCUCCUCCCUACUGUGAGGUGCUGGCUGACAGCCGGGGGGGCACCAACACCAAGCCCUCCUCCCGGACCUCCAGGCUGGAGCAGCAGGAGACUGAGACCUCCAAGACUCUUCCGGUCACAGUGUUCUCAGAGAGGGGCUACUCCUCCCUGAUCCGCCUGCCCACUGCCCGACGCUGGGACUCCCUGGGGCACCUGCUGUCUACCAUGGACCUCAACCACAACACCCUCCCCAUGGAGCCCCUCUCCCUGCAGGCCCAGGCCACCACUACCAUGCCCCGCGAGGGCCGGACUCACACACAGCCAGAGCUGGGGCUGAGAAGUAUCCAGGGGCUCAGGCGGCUAGAGCAGAGCUGUGGCCUGCCCACGUCCUUCCCUCUGCUGGGUCGCAGCACGGCCGUGUAAGCCUGAAUAAUCCUCCUGGAGGUGGGGAUGAGGCUGAAGCUAAGGACGCUGGGUUGAGGUGGAGAGGCGUUGGGUUGGGUUUGAGGAGGGGCGUCUGGUUUGUAGAGUUGGACUGAUGGCGGGGGUAGAGGAGGGAAAACACCUUUUAGACACCCAGCAGCCAGAGGUGGUGUUCUGUGCUUUCUUCUGUGCAGUGAGAUGAGGACAACUUUUCUAAAGAUGACAUAUCUGCCUUCCUCUCAUCAUCCCUCUUUUAUCUUGCUUUGUCUCCCUCCAUAUCUGUCUCGCUCUAUUCUCUCUCUCUGGCUGUGUUGAUCUCUCUAUUCUCCAUGGCAUCGCAGCCUGAUGCAGAGCAGCUAUUACACCGAGGGUACAAAACAUUUGGAACAUCUUCCUAAUAUUGAGUUGCAACCCUUGCAACCGUUUUUGUCCUCAGAACAGCCUCAAUUCAUCAGGGCAUUGACUCUACAAGGUAUCGAAAGCAUCCACAGGGAUGCUGGCCCAUGUUGACUCCAAUGCUUCCCACCAUUGUGUCAAGUUGUCUGGAUGUCCUUUGGGUGGUGCACCAUUCUUGAUACACACGGGAAACUGUUGAGCGUAAAAAAAAUCCAGCAGUGUUGCAGUUCUUGACAUACUUAAACCCAUGCGCCUGGUACUUACUGUACUACCAUACCCCGUUCAAAGGCACUUAAAACUCUUGUCUUGCCCAUUCACCCUCUGAAAGGCACACACACAAUCCAUGUCUCAAUGCAUAAAAAUCCCAGUGGUGGAAAAAGUACCCAAAUGUUAUACUUGAGUAAAGGUAAAGAUACUUUAAUAGAAAAUGACUCAAGUAAAAGUGAAAGUCACCCAGUAAAAUACUACUUGAGUAAAAGUCUAAAAGUAUUUGGUUUUAAAUAUACUUAAGUAUCAAACAUAUACUUAAGUAUCAAAAGUAAAAGUAUAAAUAGUUUCAAAUGUCCAGACUGCAUCAUUUUCUUGUUUUUUAAAUUUACAGAUAGCUAGGGGCAUGCUCCAACACUCAGACAUUAUUUACAAACAAAGCAUGUGUUUAGUGAGUCCGCAGUAGGGAUGACCAGGGAUGUUCUCUUGAUAAGUGUGUGAAUUGGACCAUUUCCCUGUCCUUCUGAGCAUUCGAAAUGUAACUUUUGGGUGUCAGGGACAAUGUAUGGAGUAAAAAGUACAUAAUUUUCUUUAGUAAAAGUUGUCAAAAAUAUAAAUAGUAAAGUACAGAUACCCCAAAAAACUACUUAAGUAAAAAUACUUGAAAGUACUACUCAAGUAAUUUACACCACUGAAAAAUCAUUCCUCCCCUUUAUCUACACAGAUUGAAGUGGAUUUAAUAAGUGACAUCAAUAAGUGAUCAUAGCUUUCACCUAGAUUCAUCUGGUCAGUCUGUCAUGGAAAGGUGUUCCUAAUGUUUUGUGCGCUCAGUAUAUGAGUCUGCUGUUGCCAUGGCUCCCUGGAACUGUCUGUUGCCCAUGAUGCCUUGGCCCCCUAGCGACUCCAGGUAGAAAGGCCUCUAGUAGCUCUGUGUUGCUCCUGUUGUAUAACAUUAACAGUGAAGGACCAAGAGAUUUGCUGAAUUCAGUAGCUAUCGCCCUGCUCUGAGGAUUGCGAUGUGCAAUGGAAACAUUGUUUUGAAUUGAAAAAGCUCUUCUCCAUCAUUACUGUCAUAUCUUCAAGAUGUUCUGGGACUAUGUGGACUAUGAAUAUCAAUUUAAUAAACCACAGCUGGGGAUUGUUGCUCCUCGGUGUACGGAUGA